AUGCGUGAUCCAAACCAGAUUGCUCAAAAGGAGCAAGUCAAGGAGCUAGGCGCCAAAGAUCAAAAGAACUGCGUUCUUUCUGAAAAUGCUAUCCAAACGAAUAAUGAAAACCCGUCAUCAAAUCUAUCAGUUGAUGUAUGCGUUGAGGCAAUGGGGGGAAUCAGCAUAGAAGCACCACCGGCGUCGCAUCAAACCUCAGACGCAGCUUCUACUCAAAAUCGUGGUAUCACGAAUAUCCCACCAGAGGAGUUACCAAACCGCUCGCCAUGUCAGGCUCGACUGGCAUUUCGUCGAUAUGUUUCAGCGCCUGCAGUUCUUCGGAAUAGAAUACAGGUGACACAGCAUCAAGUGGAAGUGUCGAGGUCUUCAUUCACACUUGCGGAUAUUAUCUUAAAGGCAAACCGCCGAUCACAAAAGCCGUUCCUGGUGAGAAAAGUACGGGCUCGGGCAGCACUGUCUACGAGGCCAAUUCCUCCUGUUGUUCGUACUGGGUGGGAGACGGUUGAUAAAAGCGUCAUUUUAGCCGAGGUUCCUGAGAUACUCGCCCAAGAUAAGACCGAAUGGGUGGAGGAGAUGCUGCACCUACGAGGAGGAUGCGGCAGCUGGAUGGGAAAGAAGGGGAAUAUGCGUCGAUUGGAGGAUGAUGAAGAGCUCCCACCCAUGAUAUGGUGGCUAUCCGGGGGUAAACCUGGACAAUCCCUCCCUACAGGCUCUAAACUUAGAUGGUGGAAAGCAAAGAGCAAAGGACAAUGGCGGACAGGACACAGGAGGGAAUACCUUCAAGAACUCGCUUUCGUACUGUCAGAUGGGAGGCUCUGCAGAAAUGAGCCGGGGCAAAGAGAGGGCGAAAAGUGUACGGAGCAGGAAAAGAGCAACGAACUGGAGCGAACCGACAAUGUAACUGUGAAGAAGACAAUAGCAUCAGCGGAAGAAUGACUUUUUUUUGGAGUGCAAGAUACCUUUACAUUUUUUGGACCUUGAGAUGAAUGUAAUUACCAUGUCUAAUUUAUUCCUAAACUGAGGGCGUUUAGUUACCUACUGAAUCGAAUAGUCGCCAUGCUAGAUCGGCUAGCUGACUAUCUUGACGGGCCAAAUAGUUAGUUCAUUUCCAUUCGUAAACCCUAGUAGAUAAAUAACGCUAUUCCGAUUUCUGGUCUCCGUUCUAAGUUUCCAGAAAACACGCUGGCGAGGAUCUAAAUGGUCUAUUACAUGACCGGGGCCUAUAGAAGCAUUAGUAAAACUUCUGUUCCGGCUAAUCAAAUCACAAUUUCCUCUAGAUCAAUAGUGUUAGUAUUAGUGCAUUAUAGGUUUCUGGGGAUUGCUCCAUAUUUCCAACCUCCUCAGGCUGCAGUGCUUGGGCGGAGCAAGCUAGAAGGGCGUAAGUAUAAAAGUCAAGAUAUUAGGCAGGGGUGGAUCUGACCAUCAACAUUCUAAUUUCGAGCAACGUAAAGUACCAAGGGUAAAGCGGAAACUACAGCUUUCGAUAAGAGUUUCGCAAGUAUCUUUGGGGCCUCUUUUUGUCUACGCUCUCUAAAAAAUAGACGUGUAGCCUUCAAGUCUGUGUAGCAUUCUAUUUAUGCACAAAAUCAAGACCAAGGUUGCAGAACAACGUAUUCAAAUGCUAGGGUUCUUGUACCCAGGCCUCUUAACUAGCGUAAUAUAACUAGUAGCAUUUGGCCUUGAGAGCGUAGUCUGAUGUUUGAGCCACAUGAACGAGGGCAAGCCUAGUAGCAAAGACCCAAAAUGAUUGAUUCAAUACUUCGCGAAGCCAGUACUUUCUACCUUCUCCGUAAAAUUUGUCUAUAUAGGGCUAACAAUCUUCCCCCGGCCUGAUGAUAUUGGUGAUAUCAGUUAUAUCAUCACAUCAUGUGCGCUGCUUUAGUUUGGUAACCUUUUUGAAGGGUGGAAAGACACUCUGUGCCUGAUUGGCAGAACAUAUGCAUCAACAACGCCAGUCUCUGCCUAUCCCUGUCCAGCUGUCAUGCACGACAUGCGGGAGGACAUCGACAAUCAAUUCCAAUUCGUUGAUGAAAUUUGGGAAGAUGAGUUUUGGUUUGCUCAAGGAUUGAAAGUUGGGGGUUCGUUGCGGAGGACGACCGAUUCAGACUUCAUGGUACUCUAGGGUCGAACAUUAAUUGCUGUUCUACGGAGUACAUGGUCACCGCGUGUUGAUACGAAGACCUUGAGUGCUCUGUACAUUUAUCGGAAGGCUUCGAGGUGACACAAUGCCAAAAGAUAAGCUUGUAAUCCAGAGGACUGGAAAUAGAACGGGAUCCAAUGCGGGUGAUAUUCACACGUAUUUUCAUGUUACUUUUCCCUGACGGCCGAGUUUCUGACAUGCAUUCCAUAGAUUUUGUCUUUCGUCUGUACGCUCAACGAGCCACUGAGAUGAUGAGGUGGCGCCGGCCUCUCGUAUUGGCGGCCUUUCUGGCUGCAUAU